AUGGGGAGAAUAUUAAUGCAGUAUAUAUCAACGAAAAAGGAUUCCAUUAUUGCUAGUUCAAUUGAUUCUGAUAUAAAUGAUUUCAAGGUUACAGCGACAAAGCUCUUGUACAAUGCAACUAUGCUUGGAGGAGUUGGGUCUAGCACUUCUUUUCUCAAAGGACUUGCCUCCUUUGCUGCCAUUUAUUUACUGAUACUUGAUCGCACAAACUGGAGGACCAAUAUGCUCACUUCAUUAUUAGUGCCUUACAUAUUCUUCAGUCUACCUGGGUCAAUAUUCCACUUUUUUAGAGGAGAAAUUGGAAAAUGGAUUGCUUCCAUAGCAGUGGUGCUGAGACUCUUUUUUCCAAGACACUUUCCCGAUUGGCUAGAACUACCUGGAUCAAUGAUCCUUCUUUUGGUGGUGGCCCCUGACUUCUUUGCUAUCAAUAUGAGGAACAACUGGGUUGGGUUGGCCAUAGAUCUUGCUGUUGGUUGUUACCUAUUGCAAGAACAUAUUAGAGCUUCUGGUGGAUUCAGGAAUUCUUUCACACAAAAACAUGGAAUAUCAAAUACUCUUGGAAUCCUCCUACUCUUAGUCUACCCCACAUGGGCUUUAGUUAUCAGUUGA